GACUAGACGGUAGUGAUUUUGAGAGUAAACAAAUGAGAGGCAAAUAUCACUAAUUACAAUGCAUAUAACUUAUUAUAAAUAAACAGUGAUAAUAAUUGAGUGAAGAAAACAAAUAUAUUAUAGAGAAUUGUAAUUUCCAGAGUGGGCAUGGAAGCAUCUUCUUCGUCCGUAAAUCACUUGGAGAGUGCAUCUCCUAUUUUUAAGACUAACGGAAUGCUUAAUUCACAAAAAAAAAUAAAACGAUCGUGGUUCAGAAGACUCAUGAAAGAUGAUGUAACAAUAUUGGAUGCACUCAAAAUGAGCCUUGCAGAGUUAAUUGGCACUGGAAUAUUGGUCUUUUUGGGAUGUCUAGGGUGUGUCGGGAGUCUCGGAACUACUCCAUCAACACUUUCGGCAUCUCUCAUAUUUGGCCUUACUGUCCUUCUUGUGAUACAGGGCAUUGGACAUAUAUCAGGUGCUCAUAUUAAUCCAGCAAUUACCGUCGGUGCAAUUGUUCUUGGAAAAAAAUCUUUACCAAUUGCAAUAAUUUACAUAAUUGCUCAGCUGAUUGGGGGAAUUCUAGGUUACGGUUUACUGAAGGCAGUUACACCUGAUUUUCUUUUACACAAUGGAGAUGCAUCUACGACGUCAUCAUUUUGCGUGACCGAUGUUCACAAUAAAAUUUCAGUGAUUCAAGGAUUUAUUAUAGAGAUCCUUGCAACAGGGAUGUUAAUGUUCAUGACAUGUGGAGCAUGGGAUGCACGCAAUUCAAAGUAUGGCGAUUCGAGCGCAAUAAAAAGUGGUUUAACAGUCACUGCCAUAUGUUUGGGAGUCGCUCCAUAUACUGGCUGCUCGAUGAAUCCGGCUCGUUCAUUGGCCCCUGCAGUAUGGAAUAAUUAUUGGGCAAAUCAUUGGAUAUUUUGGUUUGGUCCUUUUGGUGGAUCUUUAAUUGGGGCCUUAUUAUACAGAGCGGUAUUUUGGCCUAACGAAAUUGAAUCAGAAUCGUUUUCUCAAAACAACGUUGAAGGUCAAAAGAUGGGAUAACGUCAGGUUUCCAGCUGAAUGCAGAAAUGAUUUUGUAUUAAAAUUUUUGCAACAAAACCCAAAAGCUAUUCAGUAUUAAUUGGAAAACAGAUGUUGAACAAAACGCAGUGAAGACUUUUUUGGCAUCAGAUGCAUGUGUUUCGAAAAGCGUACAUACUCUUGAUCAUCAGAUAGCACCAGCUGCUGCACAUAUAUAUAUUCUUUUAGAACUUGGGGGGGGGGGGGAUUACAGUAUAUAUUUUUUUAAGUGCUGUUUUGUGUAAAUGCAGACAAAAUAUAAGCUUAAACUCUGACGAACAUCCAGUACCGAAUGAAUUGUUCUUAGAAUAAAUGCAACAGAUUGAACGGAUAAUAUUUUUUGUAGAACUAACACCUAGAAUGUCUAUUUUUAUUAUAAGAAAGACUAAAAGCCUGUAUACAUAAUGUAAAUACUUGCCACUAAUAUAGCAAUGUUAUUGAAA